CUGGUUUUGUCUACCAGCUACGUCCCCUUGCAGCAAAUGAAGGCCUAUAAAUCGCUGGAAGCACACAACUACUUUACUAGCGGCUGGGUGCGGAACAUCGCAGCAACGCAACUCCAGUCGGAGCGCGUCGUCGUACUGGGCGAGGUCAGCCAUUCUCAGCGACUCCGAGAGCCAGACCUGAAAGUGUGGUGCCUGGCUAAUGUAGAUGGCAGCAUCAUUACUGCUCACUGCACCUGCAUGGCAGGUGCAGGGGAAGCAUGUUCGCACAUUGGUGCUGUGCUGUUUGCAGUAGAAACAUCAGUACGCUUGAGAGAAACACGAACAUGCACAGGAAGAAAAAACGCAUGGCUCCCAGCCAACCGCCCUGGCACACAACCAAAACGCCUAAAAGAAAUAGAUUUUUCAUCAUCUAAGAAGAGAAAGAAGCAAAUGGACACUGUUCACCUUCAGCCAAGAGCAGAAAGCACAUCCACGUGCUCCCCACAAGCCCUUCCAGCUGUGCCAUUACCUCCCAGUGAUGAAGAAAUUAAAGCAUUUCAUUCACGUCUUGCUGACGCUGGAGUUAUGCCAGCAAUCUUUAGGGUGCACCCGAAUUAUAGCAGUAUGUUCGCGCCACCACGAGUGCUAGAGCCUCAACUGCUACGCAACUUGUUAUUGGCAGAAGCACAGUCCGAGGACCUAGACACACUCAUUCACCGUGGUGAGGCGUUCCUUAAACAGCUUGUCAUAAGUGAAGGAAUGGUGAACCACGUAGAAAGUAUCACAAGAGAACAGUCGAGUUGCCCCAAGUGGUUUACGUAUCGAGCGGGCAGAAUAACCGCUUCUGUAGCAAAAUCUGUGUGCUCGACGAGCUUGGACAAGCCUUCUGUAAGCCUCCUAAAGAAAAUAUGUUACCCAGAGCAACAGAAGUUUACCACAGCAGCGACAUCUUGGGGAUUGGAACAUGAGUGUGACGCUAUUAAAAGCUACGUGGCUGAAAUGAAGCAGCAUCACAGCGACUUUCAGCACUUCAAGCCGGGAGUUUACCUGAGCGUGCAACACCCGUACCUUGCAGCAACACCGGAUGCGUCUGUCAGUUGCACAUGCUGCGGCAAGGGCAUUGUUGAGGUGAAAUGUCCAUACACAUUAGCCAGCAGAAGUAUAGAAGAGGCAAGCAAUGACACAAGUUUUUGUCUCAAGAAUGAGAAUGGGAAGCUGACUUUGAGAAAAACACGCCAAUAUUACUAUCAAGUACAAACACAAAUGGCAGUCUGCAAUGCGACCUAUUGCGAUUUUGUUGUUUGGACUCCGUCGUCCGUCUUCAUAGAAAGGGUGACCAAGGACAAUAGCUUUCUGGACUCUGUGCUGGCCUCCACAAAAAAAUUCUUCACACAUGUGAUCAUGCCAGAACUCCUUGCAAGUUAUUUCACUAGGAAAACUACAACAAGCAGUCAGAACAGUGAAAAUGAGACGGUGUACUGCUUCUGCAGAGGGCCUGAAUCUGGUAAAAUGCUGGCAUGUGAAGGCCAAAAUUGCAAGUACAGGUGGUUUCACUACAUCUGUCUUGGAAUUAGGAGGGCGCCGAAACAAAAAGAGUGGUUUUGUGAGGAGUGCAUUGCUGAGAAAAGCCAACACAAAGCUACGAAUCUGAACAGAGCUGCAGUACCAUUUAGCUGUUUGUCAAACGUGGUCAAGACUACACCUGGAGUGGCCAGUACAGCAACAAGUGUAAGCACAACGUAGCUUUGCGAGUGAAGAUUUGUUGCCCAUCGUGUGUGCAUCAAGAAGUGGCCCAUCGUGUGUGCAGCAAGAAAUGGCUGUGUGAACACUACAAACUCACUUUUUUGCAACUGCUAAAUAAAAGUAUUUG